CAGCUCUAAAUUAUCCUCAUCCACCACUAUAAUAUUGCAGCAGCUAUUGAUUCACAAAUAUGGCAGAGUCCAAAGUGACAAUGAAGUUAUUGAUAGACUCUAAAACCAAAAGAGUAAUGUUCGCCGAGGCUGGCAAAGAAUGUAUUGAUUUCCUAUUUCACAUUCUAGCAUUGCCAAUAGGUAGUGUCAUUAGGCUUCUCACAACCAAAGGGAUGGUUGGCUGCUUGGGUAACUUGUACGAGAGCCUUGAGAAUCUUGAUAAUAUGUUCAUUCAGCCGAAUCAGGAAAAGGACAUCCUCCUGAAACCAAAGUCAGCAGCCUAUGCUACUUCAGGCCCUCUGUUGCUCGCUGAUUCCCCUGUUAAAAAGCAGUUUUAUAGGUGCUCUUAUAAUAAUAACCAUAAUUACACGACUGAUGAUCCUCGAACACGUUGUCCUUCAGAAAAUGUGGUAGCAACCGGUGGAGGCUUGGUAAAGGGGGUUGUGACUUAUAUGGUAUUGGAUAACUUGGUUGUGAAGCCAAUGUCUACUAUUUCAAGCAUCACUCUGCUGAAUGAAUUCAGUGUUAAGGAUGUUGGUAUUCUUAAAGAAAAAGUUGUUACUCUUGGAAUGGAGGAGGCUCUAUUGCUGUUGAAGACUUCUCUGCAGUCAAAGAAUGUCUUGACGAAUGUUUUCAUGGCUGCUAUUUAA